AUGGCUUCAAAUUUCUCAGAAUCCAGUGUUUUAAAUAAUGAUUAUUAUAUAGACACGGAUUCAUCGGAAGAAAAAGAAAAAGCAGAAAAUGGCACGCAAACCAGGUUUCUUAAGUGUAGCAAAGAAAGAGACUUCCCUGCUAUAUGUACUGUGUCUGUUAUUGGUAAAUCAGUUGAAGGAAGGGACAUUAAGAUGUUAAAGAUAUCAAACAGCAAUGCCAGUAAUGCUGCAGUGUGGUUGGAUGCCGCAAUACACUCAAGGGAAUGGAUCAGCACAGCUGUAGUCACAUACCUAGCCGACUUCAUCGCCAGAAACUUCCAAGACUUAUCCAAUUCUGUCACGAAUAAAGAUUGGUAUAUAGUGCCGGUACUAAAUCCAGACGGCUACGAGUACACUCACACACGCGACCGAAUGUGGCGUAAGAAUAGGGCUCGACGGGACGGCGUCUGUGUGGGUGUCGAUCUCAAUAGAAACUUCAGCUGUGGAUGGGGAAACAAUGGUGAGGAGGGAUCUUCAGACAAUCCAAACAGUGUGUUUUAUAGAGGUCCAGAACCAUUUUCAGAACCUGAAUCAUCAGCAGUGCGGGAUACAAUAUUGAGCUCAUCGACGGAAUUCAAGGUCUUCCUAUCAUUCCAUAGCUAUUUCGAACUAAUUAUAUUCCCUUGGGGCUACAAAACGGACCCCUGUCCACACUACUUAGACCUUCUGGAAGGCGCCUCAAUAAUGGCAAGGGUAACCACGUAA